AUGGUGAACAUUAUCUCCCAGGCUGACACUGUGGAGCUCUGCUAUGAGAAUGUGAGUGGAUCCUGCGUUAAAACCUCGUACUCACCGGGCCCUCGAGCAAUCCUGUACGCAGUCCUUGGUUUUGGGGCCGUGCUGGCGGUGUUUGGAAACUUACUUGUCAUUACUGCGAUUCUUCACUUCAAACAGCUGCACACCCCUACAAACUUUCUCAUCGCAUCCCUGGCCUGCGCUGACUUUCUGGUGGGAGUCACUGUGAUGCCAUUUAGCACCAUGAGGUCCAUGGAGAGCUGCUGGUACUUUGGGGACAGUUACUGUAAAUUUCAUACAUGCUUUGACACAUCCUUCUGUUUUGCUUCUCUAUUUCAUCUAUGCUGCAUCUCUGUCGACAGAUACAUUGCUGUAACUGCCCCUGUGUCCUAUCCAACCAAGUUCACUGUAUCAGUUUCAGGAAUAUGCAUUGUUCUUUCUUGGUUCUUUUUGGUCAUGUAUAGCUUUUCUAUCUUAACUGGGGCCAAUGAAGAAGGGAUUGAGGAAUUAGUAGUUGCUCUGACCUGUGUGGGAGGUUGUCGCGCUCCCUUGAAUCAAAACUGGGUUCUGCUUUGUUUUCUUCUGUUCUUUCUGCCCACUGUUGCCAUAGUAUUUAUAUAUGAUAAGAUAUUUUUGGUGGCUAAGCAUCAGGCUAGGAAGAUAGAAAGUACAGCUGGCCAAGUGCAGUCCUCCUCAGAAAGUUACAGGGAAAGAGUGGCAAAGAGAGAGCGGAAGGCUGCCAAACCCUUGGGGACUGCUGUGGCAGCGUUUCUUCUUUCUUGGCUACCAUACAUUAUUGAUGCAGUAAUUGAUGCUUACAUGAAUUUUAUAACUCCUCCUUAUGCGUAUGAGAUACUAGUGUGGUGUGUUUAUUAUAAUUCAGCCAUAAACCCCUUGAUAUAUGUUUUUUACUCCUGGUUUUGAAAGACAAUAAAGCUUAUUGUAAGUGGCAAAGUCUUAAGGAGUGAUUCAUCAACAACUAAUUUAUUUUUGGAAGAAGCAGAUUAA